UCUCUUUGGUAGGAUUAUGCUGAUGUUGCAAGCCUUCUAUCACAGUCAAAUAUCAAUCAAGAAAAACUACAAAAGUAUGCAUCUGAGGCCGCAGACUUUUCAACAAACCGCCAAUUACCACAUUUAGACUAUGCACUUAACCAUUAUGGCCUGCCUGAUGUGGCCAUGUUUGAUUUUACCUCUCUUUUUCAAGCUGUGAACGCCGCAAGAAUUCAUGAACGAAAUGGUCACUAUCUUUUGAUGGGUCUUGUAGGGGAUAGCUUGGUUGAGCCGUUCUGGCCAACUGGAUCAGGGUGUGCUCGAGGAUUCCUUGGUGCAUUUGACGCGGCAUGGAUGAUAAGGGAGUGGUCUCUCAGCAAGAAGACGCCCCUCGAGAUUCUUGCGGAAAGGGAGAGUAUAUACCGACUUCUACCGCAGACAACACCAGAGAAUCUCUGCAAAGAUUAUGACCAGUAUGGCAUUGAUCCUAAAACCAGAUACCCUGCCAUCAAUGCAAAGGCUGUGCUGCCCUCAGAAACCCUACAAUAUUUUGAUACCACCAAUGAGAAGUUGAAACAAGAGUUGAAGACUAUGGAGCAGCCAAUUGAACAGCCACAGUACAAGCCUAAAUCAGUUCCAGUUGUCCGAUCCAACAGGCUUCUGAUGUGGUGUCAACGAGUUACUGAUAGUUACAAGAACGUUAAAGUGCUGAACUUAACAACAUCAUUCAAAAGUGGUCUGGCCCUCUGUGCUAUCAUCCAUCGAUUCAGGCCUCAACUUAUAAACUUUGAAAGCCUGUCCGAAAAAAAUAUCGCCAAGAAUAAUCAACUAGCAUUUGAUGUAGCCGAACAAGAGCUUGGUAUCUCACCCAUCAUGACAGGUGAAGAGAUGGCCACAAGCAAGGAGCCAGAUAGGCUAUCAAUGGUAGCCUACUUAUCGCAGUUCUACGACACUUUCAAAGAUGAGGUCCCAGUCACUAAAAUUGAGGCAGAUAGAAAUACACCAACAUCACCGGUGAUGCGCACCAAUAAACCACGUCACUCUCUCCUAGCUAGGCUAAGUUACAGGUUCAAGAAAUCACCAAAGAGCAAAGAUCGUGAGAACGAGGAAAGGGAUGAAGCGAACAAGGAGAACAAAGAACAUAAGAAGAUAAAGAGCCCUGGAAGUAGCAAGAAGUCUAAGAAGGUGGAACUGAAAGACAGCAAAGUUAAUGGUGGAGCAGGCUUCACCGACCAAGUCCAACUACGUAACAAGCCUGAGGAUAAGGUUGAUAUCAGUCAAAACCGCGUUAGUGGUUUACGUAGCCAACUCACAACUCAAUUUGAGAUCAUUGCUGGGGUGCGCCGU